AUGAGCGAGCUUCCCUUUCUGACCCCAGACGGGGCUGGAAGUUUACAACCGAACAGAAGUUCCCACAGUUCCUUCGAGGAGGCUUCUGCUGCUGCCUUGGAGCCCCGGCACAGCCUGGGGGUCCUCCACGUCUCCUAUAGCGUCAGCAAUCGUGUCGGGCCCUGGUGGGACAUCAAGUCUUGGCGGCAGCGAUGGAACAGGCAGAUCCUCAAAGAUGUCUCCUUGUACAUGGAGAGCGGGCAGGUGAUGUGCAUCUUAGGGAGUUCAGGCUCCGGGAAAACCACGCUGCUGGAUGCCAUAUCCGGGAGGCUGAGACGCACGGGGACUCUGGUCGGGGAGGUGUGCGUGAACGGAUGCGCGCUGCGCGGGGAACAUUUCCGGGACUGCAUCUCCUACGUCCUGCAGAGCGACGUCUUUCUGAGCAGCCUCACGGUGCGGGAGACACUGCGCUACACGGCGAUGCUGGCCAUCAGGCACGGCUCUGCUGACUUCUUCAACAAGAAGGUGGAUGCAGUCAUGGCAGAGCUGAGCCUGAGCCACGUGGCUGACCAGCUGAUUGGCAAUUCUAAGUUUGGAGGCAUUUCCAGUGGUGAGCGGCGCCGGGUCUCCAUCGCAGCCCAGCUUCUCCAGGACCCCAAGGUCAUGAUGUUUGAUGAGCCAACCACGGGCCUGGACUGCAUGACUGCGAACCAGAUUGUCGUCCUCCUGGAAGAGCUGGCCCGCAGAGACCGCAUCGUGAUCCUCACCAUCCACCAGCCUCGCUCCGAGCUCUUCCAACACUUUGACAAAAUUGCCAUCAUGACCUACGGGGAGUUGGUCUUCUGCGGCACGCCCGUGGAAAUGCUUGAAUUCUUCAAUAGCUGUGGUUACCCGUGUCCUGAACAUUCCAACCCUUUUGACUUCUAUAUGGACUUAACAUCAGUGGAUACUCAAAGCAAAGAACGAGAACUAGAAACCUACAAGCGAGUCCAGAUGCUCGAAUCUGCCUUCAAAAAAUCAGCAAUCUAUCACAAAACCUUGGAGAAUAUUGAGAGAAGAAAACACCUGAAAAGCUUACCCAUGUUUCCUUUCAAGACCAAAGACCCUCCGGGAACUCUCUGUAAACUGGGUGUUCUCUUGAGGAGGGUGACCAGAAACUUGUUGAGAAACAAGCAGGCAGUGACCAUGCGUCUAGCCCAGAACCUGAUCAUGGGUUUGUUUGUCAUCUUCUACCUUCUCCGUGUCCAGAACGACAUUCUAAAGGGUGCUAUGCAGGACCGUGUGGGAAUGCUGUACCAGUUUGUGGGCGCCACCCCGUACACAGGCAUGCUCAACGCUGUGAAUCUGUUUCCCGUGCUGCGUGCUGUCAGUGACCGCGAGAGUCAGGACGGCCUGUACCAGAGGUGGCACAUGCUGCUGGCCUACGCGCUCCACGUGCUUCCCUUCAGCGUCAUCGCCACGGUGAUCUUCAGCAGUGUGUGCUACUGGACUCUGGGCUUAUACCCCGAGGUUGCCAGAUUUGGGUACUUCUCUGCUGCUCUCUUGGCCCCCCACUUAAUCGGUGAAUUUCUAACUCUCGUGCUGCUCAGUAUGGUCCAAAACCCAAACAUCGUCAACAGUAUAGUGGCUCUGCUGAGCAUUGCUGGCCUGCUUGUGGGAUCCGGGUUUAUCAGAAAAAUAGAAGAAAUGCCUAUUCCUUUUAAAAUCUUCAGUUAUUUUACAUUCCAAAAAUAUUGUUGUGAGAUUCUUAUAGUCAAUGAGUUCUAUGGGCUGAAUUUCACUUGUGGUAGCUCAAACAACUCUAUACCCAAACAUCCACUGUGUUCCAUCACUCAAGGCAUUCAGUAUAUCGAGUCAACCUGCCCUGGUGCAACAUCCAGAUUCACAGCAAACUUUCUGAUUUUAUAUGCGUUCAUUCCAGUUCUUGUUGUUCUGGGAAUAGUUGUUUUUAAAAUACGGGAUCAUCUCAUUAGCAGAUAG